UUGUGUUGCAACUCCUGCAGCAGUUAUCCCAGCCGUGCCUGCGCGGGCUUUUUUCCCACUUUCAGUUGCUGAACACAACGAAUGUUCAUAACGGGAGUAAAGCGGUACUAAACGAUAACGAUUCCCGCUUGAUGUUCAACAACAACCCCGCCUAUGCAGUGCAAAAGUAUCGUACUCGCAUAAAUGCAUUACAAAUGUCCUCAGCAUGAGAAAUGAAAUUUGUAAUGCUGAUCUACCUUUAAAAAAAUGAUUUGUAAUGCAUGACUGCAAUACGAAUACGAUGCUUUUGCACUGCAUAAUCCCGAAGAUGACAUCGACACGGACAGCAGUACAAAGCAGGACAUUAGCCGCGACAUUGCGACGGAUCUCCUCGCCGACUUACUCGACAUUUGGAUCCGGGUGAACCCGAACGCCGCGGCGGAACUGUAUUCGCUCUUUCUACAGCGCUUGAACGAGCCGAGUGUGCAGGGGGAUUUGUCGGAAACAGAAGUGGUUUCGUUUCUCGCGAAGGGUCUGGUGGAAGCCGACGCCCUGUACAUGGACGAUCUGGUGGAAACGUCUGGAGAGCUGCCGGUGGAGCUGCUGAAUUUUUUGGGAAGGCUGUGCGAAAUCGACGCGAGGAGGUACCACUACACACAAAACGAGAUGAACGCGAAGAACUCAACCGAAAGGGGGUCAGCACAAGCUCUUUAUUUCCAGCUGCAAAAAAGCCUCGUAGAGAACAUUGCCGCCGUUAUCCUGAAAACCAUCCCGCUCCUAGACGAGCAGUGUCGCUGUACGCUCGAGGGAAAUGCGAUUGGUGGAGCUGCAAAUUACAACGCCACGAUAACACCGACAGAGCAGGAGGAGCUCACCGCACAAGAACUACAUCUCAGCAGCCACAACAUCGCACUUCUCACCGCAAGUACCGAUGCGCCGGAGCUGGUUCUGAAAAUGCUGAAUUUCCUCAUGAACCACUUGGAAAUCGAUGCGCUGUCCUGUGCCCCGGUCUUGAAAGAGGUGCUAGGGUACUUCGGCGAGUACAGAAACGUGAAAAACAGCUUUCCCGAGUUGAUGAAUCACGUGGAUGCUGUUUACGUCAGAUUACUCCACCCGGCGAUCAACGGAUUUGCUUCAACUGCCCUACUACAAACGGGGAAGCAGCUGUUUCAGGGAAGAACCUCUUCAACAAUAUCUCCCGCCGCACAGUCGCCCGCGACGACAAUGGACCAGUUGAAGCGGAAAUCUGAUUCGCAGCUGAUUGCGGUCUCUGACGCUUUCCGCAUCGAUCAAGACCUGUACGGGGCGGCGACGUGUGUUGUGCGGUCUCAUCAAUACGCGGGACUGCCAGAAAGCGGUGAGAAGUUUAGCAAGCGUGUUUUCAGACUGUUGCUGAAUUCCUUUGGGUUACUGCAACUGUCCGGACUGCUGCCCGAACACGUGUGGAGAAGCAUUUUGCAACACGAUGAACAAAUAAGCAGUGGUACUUUUACCCCGGGGACCGAUAAUAUGAGCAACUCUGUUGACGCGGCAAAAAUAGCCCAUGACUUCGCUCAAUUCGUGCGAUGGUCUGCUGGGUCUCCUGCUGGAGGUGCUGGCGCUUCGACCUCCGCAAUGGCGGGAGGUGCAGCGCCCGAAGUAGAUCAUGUUGAGCGCUAUUCUUUGCGGGGGACGCACACAUUCGAACUUUUCGCGACAACGACCUAUCAAAACAACAACAUUCUUCCGAACAAGGAACUGACGAUGCUUUUGUUACUCCGGAGGUUAAGGAGCAUCGUGUUUCUGUUGACCGAAGUGGAAGACCCGGAAAGGGAGAAGGUUCUAGCCUUGGUCUUCUCCUUGCUGAUUCAAGUCUUGCCGAUGGGAGUGGUCGCGGGAAGUAAUAUUUUUAUGAACAACUUCCAAAUAAGUGGAGCGACGCUGAUGUCAACCUCAGCGCCAGCAGCUGCAGCCCCCGGCUCCACACCUCUACGCGCAGCCCGGGCUGCGGACAGCGCGCUCCAGGCCUAUUUGCUGACCAGCAUGGGGACGACCACGACCACAUCAACUGCAGACAGCUCAACAUAUAACAUUUCUGCAGCCGCUCCUCAACAUAUUAAUUCUGCGAGUGGUCGUGCCUCGACGACUUGGUUCUUGAAUUUCCUCACCGAGGUAUAACAGUGCACAACUCCCCCUCCCCCUCAUUUGUAUAGCAUUAACGGCAAUACAAGCAUCAGCAAGAAUGCCAGUUUUGCAUGACAGAUUUGCGCUGGAUUGUAGUGCUACUUGGGCUACCAGAACUUGUCAUGCAAACAGUGCCAAGAAGCAAAGGGUGGAUUGAGUAUUUUGCAUGACAAAUGAGGGGGAGGGGGGGGUGUGCACUGUUAUACGAGGCCUGCAGCCUGACCAACGUGGAGGAUUUCACGAGUUCCGACGAGGAUUUGAGAAAAGAAUUGGAGGAUUUCGACGCGUCGAAAUUGGAAUUCUACUUGGUGAACGCCAGCAGACAUUUUUACCAGUGCCUUUUCGAUUUGCUCGGGAAGGCCCGGACGAGUGCUAGUACUGGUACUGGUAGUAGUGCGGUAGCAGGUGGUGCGAAGAUGAUUUCAGGUUUAAGUUCGAGCAGUAGCGCGAGCCUGUUCAACAAUGCAAGUCCAACUACACCACCUGGCGGCGUCGGUGACACCAGCAACGCACAGACAGAAAAUUCGUGCCUCCUAACCGACUUUCUAACGCAAACCCUCCUCCACUCUCUGACCCGGAUCCCUUCUCAAUAAAUUAUAUGGAUCUGGAUCAUCGACAUGAGUGUGGCACCUGCUGCAUUUUCCUGUUUUUCGGAUUUGCAAUUCGGUCUGGAUUCCCACCCUCUUGUUCGNACGCCGACCGGUAGCACUACUACAAAAAGGAGACGGCUCAACAACAAUAGUGUCUACUUCCGCUGCAGCUCCUCAACAUAAUUUCAAUUCUGCGAGUGGUCGUGCCUCGACGACUUGGUUCUUGAAUUUCCUCACCGAGGUAUAACAGUGCACAACUCCCCCUCCCCCUCAUUUGUAUAGCAUUAACGGCAAUACAAGCAUCAGCAAGAAUGCCAGUUUUGCAUGACAGAUUUGCGCUGGAUUGUAGUGCUACUUGGGCUACCAGAACUUGUCAUGCAAACAGUGCCAAGAAGCAAAGGGUGGAUUGAGUAUUUUGCAUGACAAAUGAGGGGGAGGGGGGGGUGUGCACUGUUAUACGAGGCCUGCAGCCUGACUAACGUGGAGGAUUUCACGAUUUCCGACGAGGAUUUGAGAAAAGAAUUGGAGGAUUUUGACGCGUCGAAAUUGGAAUUCUACUUGGUGAACGCCAGCAGACAUUUUUACCAGUGCCUUUUCGAUUUGCUCGGGAAGGCCCGGACGAGUGCUAGUACUGGUACUGGUAGUAGUGCGGUAGCAGGUGGUGCGAAGAUGAUUUCAGGUUUAAGUUCGAGCAGUAGCGCGAGCCUGUUCAACAAUGCAAGUCCAACUACACCACCUGGCGGCGUCGGUGACACCAGCAACGCACAGACAGAAAAUUCGUGCCUCCUAACCGACUUUCUAACGCAAACCCUCCUCCACUCUCUGACCCGGAUCCGCCACCCAAUCUUCCUCGCCUUGCUGCUCACAGACGGGUUACAGAAGGGGAUUUUGGUGGCCGGAGGACUUCUAGGUGGGGCUGCGUCAAGUACUAGUUUUUAUGCGCCGGCUGGACCACACGGACAAGGAACAACCACAAACCAAGCGGCUGCCACAUAUGAAUUGCAAAAGUAUCGCACCCGUAUAAAUGCAUUACAAAUUUCCUCAGCAUGAGAAAUAAAAUUUGUAAUGCUAAUUUGCCUUAAGAACUGGAUUUGUAAUGCAUGAUUACAAUACGAGUACGAUACUUUUGCACAGGAUACCACAACAAGCACAUCAACUUUCGAGCACGAGUUUUUCAAACCUUUGAUGAACGAAAAGCUCUACCCCAUGCUCGCGCCCCUCAACCUGGACGAACACUCGCCGAAAUUUCUGCUGCCGAUCUGCGACCUACUCUAUCGCAAGAAAAAACUGUUUCACUGUGAACUUGUGAUGCAGAAAAUGGACCGGAGAAGUGUGUGUCAUGCUACACAUGCAAGACAAUGGAUUUCUAGCUGUGUUUUCCCUUGGCAACCCCGCAUGGCAGAUUUUUAGUGUCAUGCGUAACCAACUUGUGAUGCUGAUUCUGCAAAAUCACCACAGUGAAACAGUUUUUUCGUGCGAUAUACUCCUCGCUUGGAUUAACAAGUGCGCCCCGAAGUCAACGAAGACGAAGGCACACAGGCUCGGCGGGGGCGGGAGUAGAAAGGAUGCUGGAUUAUCUGGCCUGAGCUCUACUUUCGCUCCGAAUGCACGGCAACUACUACAGCAGCCCAGCACGACGACUACUACAGGACCAGGAGGCCUUGAAAUAAAUACGACCACCGCUUCCGCCGCAAUUCUUUCCCUGGGGAACCACUGGUUUCAGUUCAUUCUGGAGCGGAUUCUGAACUUCCUAGAAAAGGAUUUCAAGCUUCGGAACUACCAAACAGACACCGCCAAGCAAAAGAUGUCGAGUCCCACCGGCCUUGUCGGGGGAAAUAACUUUGGGAAGGGCCUCUCCUCGGAGAAGUGUUCGUCCAAUCUCGACAGCAAUAUCUCCGUUGCGUUGUUACAACGGGAAUUGACACCGCCGUCGAAGAUGAAUUUAGCGAACGCAUUGCUGGGAAGAUCCGGUGCGGGAACUACAACCGCUGCAAGCCGAAUGUACGAAGAUUUUGCGACCAUUCAGUCCUGUUUCCGCUCGUUUCUGCAAAUGCUGGAGCGACUGCUCGGCGGUUGUAAAGAACACUUUGUCCUCGUGGAGCAGGUCCAACAAGGAGGACAACCCUCACAGCACCAACUCGUCUCGCCGAUUCCCCUGUUAAAGCGCAUCGUUUUCACAGUGUUGGAAACAUACCACGGGUGGCCCAGCAGUUGCAACGGAAUCCGGAAUGGCAUUUUCGAAGCCUUGCAAGCGGAUUACGGCCAAGUAUUUUUCGAUCUGCUCGCCGAGUAUUUGCUCCAGGAAGGGAACGAUGUGGAGCAGCAACAAGCCGCGCUAAAGGGAGGUGGUGCUAGUACUAGUGGCGCGCCGACCAUUUGUUCAGCGGCACAUAUGAUCCGCAGCGGACCGUUGCGACAAAAGGUUUCUCCAAGUAGAAGUAGUGCUAGUACACCCUCUACGGGCGCGCGCGGUGGACAACAGCAGCUGCAAGAACUUCAGGGACAUCAACAACAAGCACCACAACAAGUAGUAGACUACCGCGCACUCAUCGUGAAUUGUUUCCGGCACCUGCGCGGACCGAAAUUCCACCUGUUUCUUCAGUCGACUGCGAGUAAGGUCUGGGAGGAGGACGUGUUCGUGAACUUUGAACUGCAAUUGCAGUCUGUGUUGGAACACGGCGGUGGUGGGGGUGGAGGGAGCUGCAGUAGUGUGAUCAACAUAAUGUAAAACACUUUCACAUGCUCAUGCUGGCUUCACAAGGGUUCGGUUUACAACUACGUCAUGGGUUGUACCUACUUUAUGUUUAUGUUUAUACAAGGAUUCAUGAAAAAGAAAAACUAAUGACGACUUUCUCCCCUUGCUCUCAACACCAAGUGUACGCCUAUCGAUAUUGAAUUUGUUGAACGUCGUCUCCCAUAGUUGGCUUCGAAUUCAUUGGAUAUGGAUUGGACAUGGCAUUCAUGAAUGUUUUGAAGAAAUUGAGACGAGCAACUCUUUCCUCCUGACACGACGACGAGAUAUAAGCAAUUACAAUCGGCGCAACAUCUAGCGCCAGUAACUGCACGCAUAAUUCUUGCGCAACAU